GGAGGCUGUGGGAGCGCGCGGACCCGCCCUCGCUCCGCCAUUUCUCACAUUCUGCCUGUAGGUCGCGAGAGCGCAGCCCGAUAUCAACAAGGUGCGCGAGGCAGCAAAAAUAUAUCGCUGGAGCUUCGCGCGGAUCGGAAGAAUUACACGAGCGCAGACGCGCGCGAGGCUGAGCAGGGUUCGGCGUUUUCAAAGAUUGACGCAGAGGUGCCGGCGACUUAUUGCCGAAUUCAUUUUUUUGUGUGGAGACGUGUUGAAGGCCGCCAUUUUUGUUAGCGCCUCUGAAGACUUUCGGGAGUCAAGAAAGGAUUUCAAAUACAUCUUUCGCCUACUUUAGCUUUACCGUUACGAUCAAAGAAAUAUCGGAGCGCGUGCUGCGUUGCUUGCGACCGCCGAUGCAACAUCGUCGCGACAUGGAAAGCGGCUCGUUGAAGUAACCCCUUUUUCUGUUUCGGGCUGACACUGGCUGGAGAUAUGUUUCAUGAGCUCGCUGGCUACAUGGUUACUUUUUCUCGGAAGAGGGAACUAAAAGGGGAACCUGAAUUAGAAUUUGUAUGUCUUGGCAUUGCAUAUGCUUGUAUCUAACAAACCUUAUUUUUUGAUAAGCAACGUGCAGGCUAGGCAAAUUUGGAAACGCUGCAUAAUGCUUCAAACUUGGCCCGAGCUAGCCAGAGCUUGCCCGUAAGACGUCAGGUUACAGUGAAUGCUAACAUUAUAGCGACUUGCCGCCUUUGGUUAUAAAUCAGUUUUGAAGGGUUUGGGGUGGCCGAUCACCCUGCCCUGUCUUUAAGAUUAGUUCGCUGUCUAAAUCCAAGGAGCAGAACCUAAUCCUACCCAUACCUGUUACAUCUCCGCGUUGUUUUGAUCUCCGUGUUUAUUUAUUGUUUUAUUAUAUCUGUGAUUGUUGCUCUUCAGUGUAGCUAACGUUAGUUAAUUUAUCCCGCUCCCACCAUGUCGUCAGCGCGGUUCGAUUCAUCGGACCGGUCCAGUUGGUAUUUCGGGCCGGUGUCGCGACAGGAGGCGCAGAACAGACUGCAGGGUCAGCGGCACGGCAUGUUUUUAGUCCGGGAUUCUUCGACCUGUCCCGGUGACUACGUGCUGUCGGUGUCCGAAAAUUCAAAAGUGUCCCACUAUAUCAUCAAUUCGUUACCCAGCAAGAAGUUCAAAAUCGGCGACCAGGAAUUCGAGCACCUUCCGGCACUCUUGGAAUUCUACAAGAUUCAUUACUUGGACACGACAACUCUGAUCGAGCCUGCCCCCAGGUACCCGAACCCGGCGAUCAGUGCCAGCCCUGUGCCCGCCAUGGGGCCGCCGGAGGACAACCUGGAGUACGUGCGGACUCUGUACGAUUUUACGGGCAGCGACGCCGAGGACCUGCCCUUCAAGAAGGGCGAGAUCCUGAUCAUCCUGGACAAGCCGGAGGAGCAGUGGUGGAGCGCUAAGAGCAAGGAGGGCCGCGUGGGCAUGAUCCCCGUCCCCUACGUGGAGAAGCUGGUGCGGCCCCCGGCCCACCAGCAGCAGCAGCAGUUCCCAGGCGGCCGCAACUCCAACAGCUACGGCAUCCCAGAGCCGGCGCACGCCUAUGCCCAGCCGCAGACGCAGACGCCGGGCACGCCCGCCACGCCCGCCACGCCCGGCGCCAUCAUCAACCCCCUGCCCUCCACGCAGAACGGGCCCGUCAUGGCCAAGGCCAUCCAGAAGCGUGUGCCCUGUGCCUACGACAAGACCGCCCUGGCGCUGGAGGUUGGUGACAUAGUGAAAGUGACACGGAUGAACAUAAGUGGUCAGUGGGAGGGGGAGGUGAACGGCCGGAGGGGCCUCUUUCCUUUCACCCACGUUAAAAUCAUGGACCCCCAGAACCCGGACGAGAGUGAAUGAGGAGACCCACCCAAUCUGCGCUCCUGAUGGCUGCCUCCAUGCUGCCCCCCCGUCCCCCCCGCACCCCCCGCUCGUCACCAUCGGCAACGCCUCGUUCGUCGCACGGCUUCAGAGAGCUCGACCCGCCAAAACCGCCGCUCCAGUCAGCCGAACCAUCGCGCGUCCGGCUGCGGGGGUUCCGCUUCGACCCGUUUACGAGCUCUGCAUUUGGAGCGUUGCCUCGCUUGGUAACAGGAGUGUCAAUGUUUUUUUUUUUUCUUUGCU